CACAUCAACAGGGCCAGCGUUCGCGCGCAUGGCCGGCGUCCGAGCGCAUCGAUGGGAAGCGCCGCUUCGGGCGAGCGCUGCCGGAGCGCAUUGAGGUGGUGCUUCUUGCUGGCUCUCUUGCUACCAGGAGAGCUUGCCAGCACGUUUCGAGUGCUGCCUUACCGAGCCGCCUUGAACGAAAGAGCCCAGGUAUGCCGCUCGCGCGCGCUGGCGGUGCACUUUGCGCGCCACGGGCAGGCGGCGCACAACGUGGCGCUGGCGCGGGGCGAGCCCAGCCCGGGGCUGAACUCGAGGCUGAGCCGCCUAGGCCGGCGGCAGGCGCAGGCCAUCGCGGAGCGCAUGGAGGAAAAGCAGGCCAAGGCCUGCCUGGUGUUGACCUCCCCGCUGGCGCGGUGUCUGGAGACGGCGGAGCUGGGCUUUCCGCAGCUUCCGGCGCUGGCGCUGGAGGAGCUGCGUGAGCUGAUCUCCGGGUCCGCGCACAACGCGCGGCCCGGGAAGCGGCAGCUGCGCGAGGACUUUCCCGAGGUGGACCUCUCCCGGUUGGUGGAAGAGGACGAGUUGUGGGCGCCACAGCAGCGAGAGGCGCGGGCGAGCUGCGCAAGACGCGCCCGGAGGUUCCUGGAGAUCAUCUUCAGCGAUGCGGAACCCUUCUGCCUCGCAAGCGAGCUUGCAGUUGCAUCGCACUCUGGGUUCCUGUACCUGCUGGCCAACUACGGCCAUGCGGAGCUUCCGGGCAUCUCCGGGCGCGGAAGCUUCAAAAGCCCCGGACCGGUGGCGGCUCUGGGAGCUGAGCCGAUCGUGGUCUAUGACGAUGAGGCUUUCCAGCGUUCCUUCCGGUCCUGGUGGUCCCCCGGCGAGCUCCGGUCCGUGUUGAUCCAGCAGGACCUGGCGCGGUCGUCGCUGGUCCGCGUGGGUGCUGAGCAUGGCAUCUUGGUAUCAGGCGCCAGUCUCACUGCGGUACACCUGGAUGAAUCCCUUCCCUCGCAGCCGGAGCUGCUUUCGGCCAUCGAGUCUGCUCGGCAGGCCCGGGAGGCGCAGCGGGCUCCGCGCCCUCUGGCGGGCAGCGGGCGGUCCGGCUGCCGCGCCUGGUGCGCGGCGGUCUCCGCUUUGGGCUCCGCGCCCAGGCUUCAGGGCUCAUGCGCGGAGGGCGGUUUGCAGUGCCUCUGCGAGGAGAAUGGCGAGGUGUUUGCGUCCUGCGAGAUGAUCUGUCUGACACGCUCAGAUGGGAUGCAGCCAGAAGCGACAGCUACCACCACGACCACCACCACCCCAGCCGCCGCUUCCACUGGCACCACCACUGCCGGCGUCACCACCACGACCACGACGGUUGUCGCUGCCGCUCGGAUGCUGCUCUACGACACUCGCUUCCAAGUGGGUUUCAUGGCGCAGGUGGAGGUCUUCUUUGUCGCGCUGGAGCUUGUGAGCCGCUUGAAUCAGCGCAUCGAGGACAAGUGCUCCGGAGGCGAUUGCCAGCCCUGGACGCUUGUGCUGCCGCCUUGGUGCUGGGUGCCCCGCUGGUAUCGGGGCCAGCGCCGCGCGUGGAGCGAGCUCUUUGACGUGGAUGGCUUGAGAUCCACAUCGGUGCCUUUCCAGGAGUUUCAGGGCCAGGUGGAUCUGGGGGUGGUCCCGGUCCUCGGUGCGGGCGGUGCUCAGCUGCAGGAUGGCUUUGGGGACUUCUUGGGCUACACCAAGGACAUGAAGGUCUGUGACACCCAGGGCCAGCAGCUCCCGCAGUCCGGGGCCGCGCCGCGCUCCGUGGUCUACGCUGGGUACUGCGACUCAGACAUCCAGGUGCGGAGCUUCAAAUGCGGGGUUCUGCGCGGAGGCAUGAAGGCUCUGCUGAACUUGGUUGAAAGCACGGGCAAGAGGAGCAGCAGCAUUUUGGUGAAGCACCUGGACGCCUUGAACCUGCACAGCCCGGAAGGGCCCAUGAGCAUCAAGUUCCAUCCUGCGCUCGCGCCGGCCAAAGCGCUGCGGGACGCUGCGAAGCGCUUCAAAGAGAUCGCGCUGGGGAGUUUGCCCUACCUGGGCAUCCACCUCCGGCGGAACGAGUUCUUGGCGACGCACCAGGCCAGCACCGUGUGCGAGUGA